AUGAACGCAACCAAGCGCAAGUUCAACGCUCUUCUCCAGGGCCUCAACAGUCCUAGGCCAUCCUCCUCCUCCUCCUCCGACCAAACGACGCCGACGGCGCGCAGAAAAACGGCCGACAUUGCCGCCGGAACCGCGCCGCUGUCAUCUCCUCUGUCAGGCGUCACGGCGCAAAAGAAGCGCCGUAUGGGUGUCGCCGCCACCGCAGCCGACGCAUCGUCGUCAUCCCUGUCCCUGGCGUCCAUAUCGUCGCUGCGCAGGCCGCUACAGACGCCGCCGCCUGCCGCGCCGCCGCCCGAGGUCGCCGCCAGGUACUGCCCGGGCGACAGGGAGCAGCUGCUGCGCCGGCUCGCCUCGUUUCAGGAAAUCACCAACUGGACCCCGAAGCCCGAUCGAGUCAGCGAGGUUGAGUGGGCGAAGCGCGGCUGGGUCUGCCAUGGGAAGGAGCGCGUGCGCUGCGCACUCUGCCACAAGGAGCUGGUGGUCAAGCUCAACCGCAAGGAGCAGGACGGAAAGGAGGUGUCUGUCCUGGUCGCCUCGGAAAUCGAGGAAGCGCUCGUGGACAAGUACGUAGACCUCAUUGUUUCUUCACAUCAACCAGAGUGUCUCUGGAAGAAGCGCGGAUGCGAUGACACGCUUCUGCGGAUAUUCUUUUCAAACUCCAGCGGCACACUUGAGAGCUUACGGCAGCGUUAUGAUGAACUGGGCUCCCGCCAAUCCUUCCUCCCCUAUGAAUUCAACCUCCGCCUUCCCGAUGACCUCUCCAUUGACCGAGUGCUUGACCAACUCCCGGACGAUUUCUUCACCCGGCCCCCUCCCGCCUCCGGCACGGCAGCUACUUCCGGACCCUCUCCAAACCGCGCAGCCCUCGCCCUAGCUCUCACAGGGUGGCAAGGACUGUCCAACGCGCGCAUCGGCGCGGUCCCCAACACUGCCUCGUGCCACACCUGCCAACGGCGCCUCGGUCUAUGGAUGUUCAAGAGCAAAGAGGUCGAUGAGAAUGGUCAAAUAUUAGUACCGGCGGCCAUGGACCAUCUAGACCCCAUACGCGAGCACCGGUUCUUCUGCCCGUGGAAGAACCCGCAGGCUCAAAACCGCAUAGGCGCGACCGGAGAGGAGGCGCAAGCCGCCGCAUGGGUGACCCUCCUGCAGAUGCUGAAGAAUGAGUCGAGCCUACGCAGCAUCUACGAAGGACGCCACAAGACCAAGUCUGUCGCGGUGGCACCCUCAACAGAAAAGGAAAACAAGGACCCCUCAACGCCUGAAAAAGCAGUGCCGGCCUUAAUGGAACCGAUGUCCAACGUGUCGGCAAAGACGACAGCGCCCGAGUUUGAUGAGGCGGACCGCGAUGCCAAGGACAAAGAGAGGUGGGCUCGCCUUCGCAAGGUCAAGAGCUUGUUUGAUACGAAGUCAAGCCGCAAGUCCAAGCGGCCAGCCACGCCGCAGUCAACCAAGCUGGCAACACCAACAAAACAAUAA